UUACACUGAAGCCAUUACCUAGCUCGGAGAAGAACCUCCCCUAAACCAGCUUCUGCUUAAAGCAACAAACACAGUGCAGCAGCUAUAAAGACAUGCCAAUUGCUCUCGUCAGAUCAUUGAGAGGUGCCUUCUCAGUGAAGGAGGUUGUUGGGGUGGUGGGCCGGAGAACAUUUGCUGCCGGUGCUAAAAAGAAAGGCUCUAAAGGUGGUGCCGCCUCAGAUGCUCCAAAAGCAUCCCUGCUGAGCAACGAAGUGAAAUCGACUACCGUUUUUGGUGCGAAUAUUCUAAAAGAUGGGCAAGACCCUAAAAUCUUGCCCGAUUCUGAGUACCCGGAUUGGUUGUGGCAUUUGCUUGAUAAAAAGCCGCCUCUCAGUGAGUUGAAGAGAAAAGACAUAAAAACCCUUCCGUAUGACGAUCUGAAACGGUUUGUGAAGCUGGAUAACCGAGCAAGGAUCAAGGAGAAUAAUUCUCUCAAAGCCAAGAAUUAAGUUGGAGCUUUUUAAAUAGGGAAUUAGUGUUUCGUUUUGAACAUUUCGCUUGGACUGUUUUUUUUGGAUAUUUCGUGCUUUGUUGAAGCUUCAAUUCGUACAAUUAGUUACUAUCAAUUAAAUGUUGGUUUCGAACAUUUAUGCA